AUGCCCUUUUCGGUGGCAAUUACAAAUCGACUUAAGAUAUUAACGGAUAACAAAAGCAUGCGAAAGUAUGUCGUGUUGUAUGUUGAUGCUGACAACUCGGUUUUCGUUCGUCUGCAGAAAGCAGUCUGUGAUGGACUCGGCAUUGGAUUGCGAUACAUGACGAGCUUCAGACCUCAUGUCAGUUUGAUGUGCGUCAACCCGCAACAGCCGUCAGCCCAGCCAAGUGACAACCAGGUGGCGGGUGGUCAGGUUGCGGGUGGUCAGGUGGCGGGUGGUCAGGUUGCGGGUCACCAGCAGGCAGCGGGUCACCAGAAGGUAGCAGGUGACAACCAGGUAGCAGGUGACAACCAGGUAGCAGGUGACCAGCAGGUAGCAGGUGACCAGCAGGUAGCAGAUGGCAACCAGGUAGCAGCUGACCAGCAAGUUGCGGGUGACAACCAAGUUGCAGCUGACCAGUGCCGUUUUGAAGAGAUAUUCCCUUCAUCGCUCCCUCCACCAAUGCCAUUCAAGGGCGAAGUUUGUAGGGUCUGGGUGAGUCAUUUACGCAUGCUAUUGGGGCGUCGUAUAUAUAAUUUCGGCCUGGGAGGUAUGCAUGGAACAACUUCUGCGUGA